AUGUUUGGGACAAGGCAAAGUCACGCUGCGCUGCGGAAGCGGACGCUGUGCUGCGCCGAGAUGACCGAAUGGGAUUUUGACCUAAGGAAUCUGGAAUCAGUACUGCCAGCUGCGCAUACAGCAUGGGGUCGCCUGUUUGAAGCCCAUGCCACGCAAAAGCUUGGCACCAAGUAUUCUCCGGUGCUCGAGGCCUUUUCGGUAGACUUCCUCGGUGUAGACUUCCUCGGUGUAGCAGAUGGAUAUGAAGCUUGGGAAGACUUUGCCAAAGACCACAUGACGCACAUGCACAACAGCACCUGCGCAACACUACAGGCACCACAUUUCCUGAUUGCAGAAAUCGGGCUAACAACCCAAACCUUGGUGAAAAAAAUGAAAGACAAUGCAACAUCCCUCAGAUUGAUGGAGACGUUCGUCAGCACCAUGCGAUCCAAGAACUUUAGUGCCGCAAAAUGCUUGGUUUAUGACGGGGCGGAUGCAGAAGACUUCACAAAGACCAACUUGGCAAGGCAAUUCUUGGACGAAGGGGGAAUCUUGAUCAAUAUUCCGUACCUAUCGGCAGACACGGUCCUGGCAAAAUUGAAUGAAACCACAAAGCUUCGAGAGGAAUUGGAGGCAUUGCGGGCAGACCUGGAGCACUACCUGGAGCUUUCAGGAGAGGAAUUGCAGGCAUUGCGGGCAGACCUGAAGCUUUCAGGCACUACUGCCACACAGACCAAAGCUGUUUGGGUGAGGCAGCUCCAGAAGGACGACAGUGGUGGCUUUGAGUUUGCUGGCAAUGCUUUCCCAAUUGACCCAGUGCCCCAAAACAUUGCAUAUUUAAAAAAUGCCAUCAAGAAGGACAAGCCAAACAAAGUCCAAUGCGAUGCGGAUGAGAUCGACAUUUUUAGCCAACAGCAGGAUGGAAAGUGGAUUAAGGAAAAUGAAGAAGCGCUAGUCAAUCGUGGCACGUCCAAGACAGACUGUUAUGGUUUCUUGAUACCAUCAACAUAG